AUGCACAGGAAGGAGGAUGAGAGGGAUAAAACCAAGAUCAAUGAGGACUUGCUAUACCUGAUGUACAAGUGCAAGGGAAAGUUGCAGAUUGCCUGUGCAAUGAUCAAUCAGGAGCAGGUGCUCGCCGCCAUGCACUUUCAGAAGAUGAUCAUGAUGGUUCUCAAGAGCAUCUGGAAUGCCAGGAGGAGUAAGAGGCUGCUGAACAAACAAGGCGAGCAGAUGCACCUGUAUGAAUAUAUCAAGACAUUCCAGAUGGUGUCAUAUCGUAACUAUGAGGGUGAGCUUAGCAUGAUGAUCCAGCAGGGUAUCGAUGCUGUCGUCACUACCGCGAUAUCAGAGGAUACCCCUGGAAUCACAGUGCGGUUGAGCCAGGUCCGUGAAAGCAACCUCAAGGCAGAGGUGGAGCAGUUGCUGCAACACCAAAGAGAGCUCGAGCAAUGUAUCAAGACAUCGUUCUGCUCCAUAGUCGAGGGUGCCAUGUCUAAGACCCGCAUCGGGGGUCUGCUUGAAGCUUUCAAGAACAACCUCCAGGACUCGCUUGUCCUCGCUACUAGCAUGGAGUUUAUCCCUCCAGGCUGCUAUGCCUUCAACGUGACCGUUGACUGCGACCCCGUCAGGACGGGUACAAUGCGUGCGCUGCUCGACGAUGCGGAACGUGAGGUGGUAGCGGUCGUAGACUGCUUGUCCUGUAUCGAGGAUAACUAUGGGAUUAGCAGCGAUGUGCUGUUGUGGAUUGCAAAGUGUGUCUUGACGGAGGAAAGAGACAAGAGUGAGUUAUUGAGCCACAGGGAGCAUUGGGAUAUCACUACUCGCUCUGUGCGUUAG